AUGAUCCCUUACCAGCUGCAGGGCACCCCUCCGGUGUCCAGGCGGAAAGAUGACCCAACGGACGGCAGGAGGGCCCCUGAGCAGGACAGACACCCUGCUGCCUCAGGGCAUGGCCGGGGGCUGAAAACAGAGCCCUGUUUCCAUAGGGACCCUCUGUUGUCUUCCCCCAGUGUGUCCCUCGUGUCACAGCUCCUCAGCCACACGGUGGUUAGCAGGAGCCUGGACCCCUGCACCGUUUUCCCUUCCUCACGGCCAGUGGGGCUGCCCCAGGGCUAUGAGCUCGGUGCACCUCCUGGAGAAGGAGCACAAGCCCUGGCUCUCACCAGGACUCGUGCCCUGGCUCCUGUGCCCUGUGCCGGUGACAGGGAGCUGCUCUCAGACGAGCACCUCCGAGCCAAGCGGGCUAGGGUGGAGAGCAUCAUCCAAGGCAUGAGCCUCCCACCGACGCCACAAGCCCCUGAUACUGGCAUGGAGGGAGGUUUGGGGCAGGACAGGGAGAAGGGCACUGAGAUGUCCUGGGAGGGCAAGAGGAAGCCGAGGGUGUCCCAGCCGCAGCGGGGCGCGGGGGUGGCCGGGCGAGGGGCACCCAGCGGGGGCAGCCCCCAUGCUGCGGGGUGCCAGCAGCUGAAGGAGCAGCUCUGCUUUCUGGAGCAGCAGCUGCGGUGGCUUCAGGAGAGGUUCUCCCAGGUGUGUGACCCUGGGGAUGCUGCCCAGACCCAGGGAGGUGCUGAGAAGGCACAGCCGCUGGCUGGGAAGGCUGGGGACAGACCGGACAGGGAUGGUGCUGCUGCCGCCCGCCAUCCACACAAAGCUGCUCCCUGGGGGAGCACCCCAGAGGCGGAUGGGCCCGACGGGACGCAGGAGGAUGAGGGGAGAGGCGAUGCAGGCGGCCUGCCCUCAGCAGCCAGGGUCAUCUCGCAGGCGCUGAAGCACGAGCUGGCCGGGGUGACGUCCCGCGUGGUGGACUCUGUCCUCACCAGCAUGUGGCCGAAGGCAGCCGGCCACCUCCUGCAGCAGCACCCGGGGCCAGGGGCGGGUGCCAGGGGAGACCAUUUUCCUGCUGGGAAAUGCAGAAAACCCCUUGCUAAGUCAUCCCCCAUGGGCACACUGUGCUCUCCCCCACCUGAGGCACCAUCACUACCCUCAGGGAAGAGCCUGAGCCCUCACACCAGCUCCUUCAGCCCCAGGGUGGUCAGAAACCCCCACCAGGCACCCAGUGUGGGUUACACACUGGGCUCAGCCGUCCCCUCGGCGCAGGAGGGCCGGCUGCUGGGCCAGCUGCUGGGCUACGGCCACUGGGGGAGCCCCCCUGCCCCACAGAAGUGUCCCCCCGAGGCCCCGGACCCUCACUGGGGAGCCACCAGGCUGCGGCCGUCGGCGGUGAGGCAGCAGCGGUGCCCCCUGCCCCUGGGCCCCGGCGAGGAGGACGGGGACGGGGCGCCCUUCGCCCCCACCCAUGAGGCGCUGACCCCUGGCCACCUGAAGAAGGCCAAGCUGAUGUUCUUCUUCACCCGCUACCCCAGCUCCACUCUGCUGAGGUCCUACUUCCUCGACGUGCAGUUCAGCCGCUGCAUCACCUCCCAGCUCAUCAAAUGGUUCAGCAACUUCCGCGAGUUUUACUACAUCCAGGUGGAGAAGUUCGCCCGGCAGGCCCUGCUCGAGGGCGUCGCGGAUGCCGGAGCCCUACGGGUCUCGCGGGACUCGGAGCUCUUCCGUGCCCUCAACACACACUACAACAAGGGGAACGACUUCCAGGUGCCCGGGCGCUUCCUGGAGGUGGCCAGCCUGACGCUGCAGGAAUUCUUCAGCGCCGUCAGGGCAGGCAAGGACGCUGACCCCUCCUGGAAGAAACCCAUUUACAAAAUCAUCUCCAAACUGGACAGCCACAUCCCUGACGUGUUUAAAGCCGUGGGAUGCUCCCAGGAGCUGCUCCGCAGUUGAUCCGCCGUGCAAGGGGACUGAGAAUUUUUUGGGUAACCGCUGGUGGGGUGGGGGAGAGGCUGGUUGGGCUGCACAACUCCCAGGCGCAGCUUCUGGCAUCCAUUAUUCUAUUUUCUCUCCGUCCUAAAAGACAGCCUCCUAGGGUGAGGUCUGCUGCUCACCCCAGGCACCAGGAUUUUAUGCGGUGUGUUUUAUUUGGCUGCUCAAGCCUGGUGCCAGAGAGCCACGGAGGGACAGAGGGAGAGGAAGCCAAUAGCUUGGAGCCUGGGAAAUGGCUGGUCUCCAGGCCCCGCUCCAGCUUCCCCUGGGACCCGGGACAAGCCACCUUCCUCCUCAUUUCCAGAGGGCUGCAAAUCAGGGCAGACAGCCUGUUUUUGUUUAUAAAGCAGGCAGAGGUCCCAACAGUGGGCAAAGUUUUCUUGGCACGGCAGCCCAGCAUGCUGUGCCCGCCCCAGCAGCACUCCUAGGGCCUGGUCCAGAUACAACACAACAGCGUCCAAAGAAAACAUCUGGUGAAUUCCAGCAGCCCAUGAGAAUGGCUGGCCGUGCCUUGGGGAUGUAAAACUGUGUGUCAUAGCUGGCACAAA